AUGGAUCCAUUAUUAUUUUUUAAAAUUCGCAAUAUUGCGGAAUUUAUAAAUAUAGUUGGUCCUAAACAAUCAAAGAGACAUUAUUCAGCAACUUGUAAUAACUGUGAAUUAUAUUGGAAACAUAGAAAACCUUAUAUUCUUCACGAAUAUUUAGCUAACUUUUGUAAAAAAUAUCCUAAAGAAAUUAGUUUAUAUUAUGCAAGUAUUAUAGGUAAAGAUAAAGGAAAGCAAGAUAUUGAAGUUGAAUAUAUUUCUAGUAAAUCAAAUGAACCUCCUAUUAAAAAAUCUAAACAAACAGCAAUGUUCAAUUUUUUUGAACCAAAGAAUUAG